AUGGCUGGUGGCACGAAGCAGAGCAAGGCGAUCGGCAUAGACCUGGGCACUACCUACAGCUGCGUCGGCGUGUGGCUGAACGACCGCGUGGAGAUCAUCCCCAACGACCAGGGCAACCGCACCACGCCCUCCUACGUGGCCUUCACCGACACCGAACGCCUCAUCGGUGACGCCGCCAAGAACCAGGUUGCCACCAACCCCCACAACACCGUCUUCGACGCCAAGCGCCUCAUCGGUCGCCGCUUCUCCGACCCCUCUGUCCAAUCCGACGCCAAGCUCUGGCCCUUCUCCGUCGUCCCCGGCCCCUCCGACAAGCCCCUCAUCGUCGUCUCCUACAAGGGCGAACGCAAGCAGUUCUCCGCUGAGGAGAUCUCCUCCAUGGUCCUCACCAAGAUGCGCGAGACUGCCGAGUCGUUCCUCGGGACCCCAAUCCAAGACGCUGUCGUCACCGUCCCCGCGUACUUCAACGACUCCCAGCGCCAGGCCACCAAGGACGCGGGCGUCAUCGCUGGCCUCAACGUCCUCCGCAUCAUCAACGAGCCCACUGCCGCCGCAAUUGCCUACGGCCUCGACAAGCGCACUGCGGCCUCUGGCCGUGGGGAACGCAACGUGCUUGUCUUCGACCUCGGCGGCGGCACCUUCGACGUCUCCCUCCUCACCAUCGAGGAGGGGAUCUUCGAGGUGAAGGCCACCGCAGGCGACACCCACCUCGGCGGGGAGGACUUUGACAACCGUCUCGUGAACCACUUUGUCUCAGAGUUCCGGCGCAAGCACAAGAAGGACAUCAGCGGCAGCGCCCGCGCCCUCCGGAGGCUCCGGACAGCGUGCGAGCGCGCCAAGCGCACGCUCUCCUCCACCACCCAGACCACGAUCGAGGUGGACUCGUUGUUCGAGGGGAUCGACUUCUACGCGACCAUCACGCGAGCCAGGUUCGAGGAGCUCUGCAUGGACCUGUUCCUCAAGUGCAUGGAGCCAAUAGAGAAGGCGGUGGAGGAGACAGUGGAGUGGCUGGACCGGAAUCAGCUGGCGGAGGUGGACGAGCUGGAGGAUAAACUGAAGGAGAUGGAGGGAAUAUGUAACCCGAUCAUAUCCAAGAUGUAUCAGGGUGGUGGUGGUGGGAUGGACGAGGAUGUUCGUGGCGGUGGGUCGGGGAGUGGAAGUGGGAGUGGUGGUGGUGGUGGUGGUACGGGGCCUAAGAUUGAGGAGGUCGACUGA